AUGGAGACAUUGGGAGAUGCGCUCGCAAGGCGCAGAUCCAAAGUGGAGGUGCCGCAAUGCUGUUUCGACGGCUACGGCCUGGAACAAGUGGGCUCAAAAGGAUCCGCUCCCGAAUCCUGUCCCGCUGGACCGGUGGAGGAGUCCAGGAAGGAUGCGGAGGUUUCCGCCAAGAUGAACGACGAGGAGGAGGACGAGUACUCCGAGUACUCGGAUGAAUACUCUUCGGAAGGCUCCGGUGAGGAGCAUGUUGAUGUGCCGAGCACCGGGGCAAACAAGGAUGUCCUCAACGAAGAGGAUGAGUAUUCCGAUGAAUCCGGAUCUGAGGGUCUGGAGGGCGAGGAAAGUGAAGAAGAGUACUCCGACGAGUAUUCAGAGGACGAGUACUCCGAAAUCUCUGCCGAUGAGACCAGCGGCGCCAACAAAGAGGCUGAGAAGGAAGAGUCGCGAGAGGGAGACCCCGCUAAGCCAGCCCCUCCGUGUGACGCGAACCAAGAAGCCAAAAACACUGACAAGGACACUGGCUCGGCGGAGAAAGAGGAACAUUUCCCCCAAGGCUCCGGUGAGGAACGUGUCGAUGUGUCGAGCACCGGCGCCAACAAGGGGGUCCUCAAAGAAGAUGAUGAGUACUCGUAUGUGUCUGGAUCCGAGGCUUUGGAUGGCGAGGAAAGUGAAGGCGACGAGUAUUCGGACGAGGAC